GGAGGCGAGUGGGGGAAUCGGUUCCGGCCUGCCUCGCACGGAGGGGGGGAUGCUCCUCCCGGGGCCGGAAGCUCCUCCUUGUCCCGGGUGUGCGAGGGGCGGAGCGUGGUUGGCUUAGGCGGCUGGGCCGGCCCGGGUGAAGAGAUUUGUGCUGUUCCUUUUUUCUGAGCAGCAUGGAGUGAGAGCGGGUGCCAGGGCCGGAGGUGGCCAGGGCGGGCGCAGCCGAAGGAGAAAGCGGGGCAGAGCCCGGGAGAUGGCCGCGGAGAUGGCGCGGGGGGUCCGGGUCCUCCUGCUUCUCGCUGUUGGGGCUCAAGCAAAGAUAUCUUUCACUAAGGAGCCAUAUUCCCAGGAUGCCUUGCAUGGCCGCAGUGCCAUUUUGCGCUGUGAAGUGGAGGAACCAAGAGGCACAGAGUUUGAAUGGCUACAGAAUGGGGUCCCCGUUCAGGACACUGAACGCCGUUUUAAGGAAGGGAGCAACCUUCAGUUCACAUCUGUUGAUAGGCAUCAAGAUGGAGGGAACUUUCAGUGCGUGGCUAAGAACAUAGAGACUGGAGAAGAAGCUCGGACUACAAAUGCAUCUUUUAACAUAAAAUGGAUUGAAACAGGGAGAGUUGUCUUGAAGAACCCAGCCAUAGUGGAAGAUAUACAAAGUUCUGCUCCAGUGACGUUGCGUUGCCAUAUUGAUGGGCACCCACGCCCAACAAGUCAAUGGUUUCGGGAUGGGACCCAGAUCGCAGAUGAUCGUACAAACUAUUCAGUCAGCAACAAGGAACGGACAUUGACUCUCAAGAGUGCCAGCCCAGACGACAAUGGGGUCUAUUACUGUUGUGCUCGGAAUGCCGUGGCCUUUGUGUGCAGCAACAACAACUUCACUCUCAACAUCAUAGACGAAAGCUUCCCCCGCCCAGUGAUUGUUCCUGAGAACCAGAUUGUGAAUAGAAAUGAGGAGGCCAUGUUCCACUGCAAGUUCCAAGCUGAGCCACCUCCCACUCAGGAAUGGUUAUCAAACGAUGACACUCCUGUUGUCAAUAAGUCCAGGACCGUGCUAUUUUCCAAUGGCUCUUUACUGAUACUUCAGGUGAAACCACGCAGUGCUGGAGUCUAUAAAUGUGUUGGUCGUGGACAGAGGGGGAAACCAGUCAUCUUGGAGGCAACCCUGCAGCUGGCAGAAAUCGAAGAUUUCACCCAACCAUUCGACCCGAAGAUCUUCAUAGCCAACAAAGAGCAGCGAGUGUCCUGUGUGGCUCCUCGGGGGGUCCCUGAACCCCGUGUCUGGUGGGAGAGAAAUGGUGUUCCGAUCCCUGCUACUGGCAGAGUUCACCAAGAAGCUGAGGACCUCAUCUUCACCAGCAUUGUGGAAAAGGAUGCCGGGGUGUAUACCUGCCAUGCUGUGAACAAGGCUGGAGAAAAAAAGCAAAACCUGACCAUCACAGUAGCCACAAUGCCAAAAUGGGUGGAAAAGCCAAAGCACAGUCAGCUGGAAGAGAGUAAACCAGGCUACCUCCAUUGUCUCAGCAAAGCCUCUCCGAAGCCCACUGUCAACUGGUUUCGCAAUAGCAUCCUCAUUUCAGAGGAUUCCCGCUUUGAAAUUGCUGAGAACGGGACACUACGGAUUAACAAUGUGGACGUAUACGAUGGGACUGUGUUCAAGUGUGUGAGCAGCACUCCAGCUGGGAGCAUUGAGGAGCAGGUUCGGGUACAUGUCCUGGAAAAGCUGAAGUUUACCCCUACUCCUCAGCCCCAGCAAUGUGUUGAGUUUGAUAAAGAAGUCACAGUAUCAUGUUCAGCCACGGGCCGGGAAAAGCCUACAAUCCAGUGGAUUAAAGCCGAUGGGAGCAGCCUGUCAGCUCGGGUCAGUCAAAAUGCGGGAAACCUGCACUUUCAUAAAGUGACAAGGAAUGAUGCUGGAAACUAUACUUGCAUAGCUUCCAAUGGCCUGCAGGGAGAGAUCAGAGCAACAGUCCAUCUCACAGUAGCAGUUUUCAUAAGCUUUAAGCUGAAGCCAGAUGACACAACUGUAUACCCAGGACACACGGCCAUGUUCCAGUGUCAAGCUGAGGGUGACCCAGUGCCGCAAAUCCAGUGGAAAGGGAAGGACAGGAUUCUGGAACGUGACAAAUUCGUGCCCAGGAUCCAAAUUAUGACCAAUGGCUCUCUGAUAAUAUAUGGCGUCACCAGUGAGGAUUCUGGCAAGUAUACGUGCAUUGCUGGCAACAGCUGCAACAUCAAGCAUCACGAAGCUUUCCUCCAUGUUGUGGACAAGCCAAUGACAGAAAAGGGGGACGCACCCAACAGCCACACUCCCUAUAAGAUGAUCCAGACCAUUGGGCUAUCUGUUGGCGCGGCAGUGGCAUACAUAAUCAUUGUGCUGGGCCUCAUGUUCUACUGCAAGAAGAGGAGGAAGGCAAAGAGACUGAAGAAGCAGCCAGAGGGUGAGGAGCCGGAGAUGGAGUGCCUGAAUGGGGGCACUUUGCUGCAAAAUGGGCAGACCACUGCUGAGAUCCAAGAAGAAGUGGCUCUGACAAAUCUUGGCAGCAGCUCUGCAAUCAGCAAGAGGCACAGUGCCAGUGAUAAGAUGCACUUCCCCCGUUCCAACCUGCAGACAAUCACUACUUUGGGGAAGGGUGAGUUCGGAGAAGUCUUCCUGGCCAAGGCAAAAGGCAUUGAGGACAAUGAGACAGAAGUGCUUGUUUUAGUCAAGAGCCUUCAAACAAGGGAUGAGCAGCUACAGCUGGACUUCAGGCGAGAAUUUGAGAUGUUUGGCAAACUGAACCACAGCAAUGUGGCGAGGCUGCUGGGCCUCUGCCGGGAAGCAGAGCCUCACUUUAUGGUUCUGGAAUAUGUGGAUCUGGGAGAUCUGAAGCAGUUCCUGAGGAUUUCCAGGACUAAAGAUGAGAAACUGAAGCCCCAGCCCAUUAGCACCAAACAGAAGGUCUCCUUCUGCUGCCAAGUGGCGCUGGGGAUGGAGCAUCUGUCCAACAGCAGAUUUGUACACAAAGACCUGGCAGCUCGGAACUGCCUAGUCAGCGCACAAAGGCAGGUGAAGAUAUCGAGCCUGAGCCUCAGCAAGGAUGUUUACAGCAGCGAAUACUAUCACUACCACCAAGCCAGGAUCCCUCUCCGCUGGAUGCCUCCUGAAGCUGUCUUGGAGGACGAAUUCUCCACCAAGUCUGAUGUUUGGUCCUUUGGGGUCUUCAUGUGGGAAAUAUUCACACUGGGGGAAAUGCCCUACUCCAAGCUGGGGGACGAAGAGGUGCUAUCAGGCUUACAGCCUGGGAAAAUGAAGCUUCCCCAUCCAGAGGGAUGCCCCUCUAAGCUGUACAAGGUGAUGCAGCGCUGCUGGGCUCCCAGUCCAAAGGACCGCCCAUCAUUCAGCGAGAUUGCCAACAUGCUUGGAGAAAGCCCAUCGGAAAGCAAGGCCUGAGCAGGGAAAUGAUGUUCUCCUUUUGUCUCUGAUUGGGCCUGCCGGACCCUCUUUGGCAUUUUGACUGUUACAGACUCUCAAAUGGGACCCAAGAGUUGAAACCCAAAGGGACCAUGGAUUUUUACAUAAAUGAACAAAAAAGGUCACAGACAUGAUCCCUUUGACCUGAGCGAGGCCUCUUUCAAUUGGGCCCACAUUCCUUUCCCUGCGCCUGACCAGGCUAGGUUCCUCCAGGUUCUACCUCUGAUAUCCGCAGGGCUAAUUAAACAACGUCCAAGAGAUGAAGGAGAGACGUUGGGAGCCACCACAGGCCAGUUACACAAGGAAAGAGAACCUGUGGCAAGGCUUUGGGAUUCCUCCGUCUUGGCACAUCUCACCCUUCCCUACCCCCCUUUCAUGAAUCCUUUUCACAAAAAGCACAGGCAGGUUCCUUCCAGGAGAGAGAGAAAGUAUCUUAACAUGGGAGGCUGGAGGGAAUGCAGGGGGUUCUGUCCUGCUGAAUGGCCCACAAGAUUUGGGGAGGAGUCUAAAGUGACCCCUGCACAAGACAGCGAGGCUCCCUUGGGUAUCAGAAGGAGGCCAUUGGCUUCCAUAAUUUAUAGCACCACGUCCAACAUCUGCCUUGAUUCACCUUGUGAAUUCACAUUGCUCAUUGCAGUGACUUGUGGUGAGGUUUAUAUUGCUUACUACAUUGGCUGCAGCCACAGCCCCAACCUGACACUUGAUCAUUUCUGAACCCCCACCCCCAGCCUUCUCCCAUUUCAGUUGACCUGACCCAGAAGGCUUUGGAAGGCAGGCAGGCAGGCAGCCCCUGCUUCUAUGCCCCCAUCUGAAUGGGCUAGAGCGGCUUUCUCCAUGGCCAAAUCUCUGCCAUUUUCAUGGGAAGCAGGCCCCUUGCCCUUGCACAGGAUCUAGUGUCCACCCACACUGGAAAGGUGGCCCCUUCCUUUCCCCACCACAUGCUGUCCUUUUUGUAAAUCAAUGAGGAACCUGUAUAUUUAUUAAGCAGUCCUUUUCUCUCUCUCUCCCUAAUGUGGUCUAUCUGUCAGGCCUUCUGGCACCUCCCUAUGUAUCCAAAAAGGAGCGAAGAACACUUAAGUGCCUGGCAUAUGAAGGAGAUUUUCACUCCCUUUCCUGACUAUCCAAUGCCGCCUUUUUAUAUGAUUAUUUGGGGCAAUGUUUGUUUUCCUUUCUUACUCUUUUUUUAAAAUGUUGACACCUCUCAGCCUUAGUAAUUUUUUUAUAUAUUAUUAUUACUGGAAUUGCAGUCUAGAGUCAUGUUAGUUUCAGUUUGCUUAAGUGGAGGGGUAGGACAGCCAACAGUUUGUUUUUUAAAAAAAUAUGCUGCUCUCAAUAAAGAGUCCCUCUCUUUUUUAAAAAAAGACAAAA